UCAAACUCCUCUGGACCCCUGGGAGAAGCUUUUUUUUUUUUUUUUUUUUAAUUUUUUUUUUUUUAUAUAAUAAAAAUAUAUCCCUUUUUUUUCUCACAGUUUUUCAUUUUCUUCCCAGACGCAGAACACGACUAUUUUUGUGGGAGUUUUAUUUUAGGAUGUAACCAGAUUUGUGGUUUGUUCUCAUGAAGUGCCACCAUUCUGCAGAACGCGUGAACGGAUUAAAAAUGAUGGAAUCUGACAUUUCUGCGUCUCUACACCUCAACUGCAAACGCGUCUUCUGAUGCAAAAACGGAGAAAAGAUUUGCAUCAUCUUGCAUCACUUUGAUCUGAUGCUUCAAACAAGACAAAAUCCAUGAAACCCCUUCUAUUUCAGCUCAUCCCUCGCCUUCUGUGACUCAAACUAAACUCCUUCUUCACUGUAACAGAGUUUUCCCAUCAGGGUCCCGAACAUCAUUUCCAUGGUUUUACGCGCGUGGUUGGUCUAGGUCCUGGUGGUCUAGUGGUCUUGGGAGGUGGCCCAGUUUGUCCUAAGGGAUGGUUCUGGACUCCCGGGAGCAGGGAGCGACAGCCCGGCUCCUGCAGCGGACCUUCGCCUUGUCCUGGUGCCUAUGCAGCGGAUGUGAGAGGAGAUGAAAGCCGCGGUGUAUCAGCUCUUGGCCGGCUGCCUCUGCCUGUUACGCACGGCCGCAGAGGAGUCUCCUCUCCCCCGGGAGCUGCUGGAGCGGCUGUCCCGCAGCGAGAUCCGCAGCAUCAGCGACCUCCAGCGGCUUCUGGAGAUAGACUCCGUAGAGAAUGAGGUGAUCGAGGAGGCCAAACAUCGAUACCACAAGGACUUCUCUCAUAGUUUUCCUGAUCUGAAGAGAACACACGCACACAGCAGAUACAGAAGAAGCACUGUGGUUGAGGAGGCCUUACCGGCAGUGUGUAAGGUGCGGACAACCAUCUAUGAGAUCCCCAGGAGUCAGGUAGAUCCCACCUCAGCCAACUUCAUCAUUUGGCCGCCAUGCGUCGAAGUGAAACGAUGCACCGGCUGCUGCAACACCAGCAAUAUGAGGUGUCAGGCGGCCAGAAAGCACCACCGCACAGUCAAGGUGGCGAAGGUGGAGUACGUGAGGCGGCGGCCGAAGCUGAGGGAGGUGCAGGUGAGGCUGGAGGAUCACCUGGAAUGCAUGUGCACCAACAAACGCCACCUCAGCCCGAGCUUCGACACAGACAAUGGCAUCAGGUGAAGAGUGAUGACCAGAAGGGGGAGUGGCGAAGAGAACGAUGAGGACGGUCUGAAGUCAUACAAGUGUCGAGCGCCUUUAGCGUCCGACACAACACAUUACUGCUGAAGGAGGAGGUGAUGAAUGUUACUGCUUAUCUUUUGACAAGUUUGGGAGUUUUAAUGGAGCACAUCUGACUCACGGACCUCAAAUAUUUUCCGAAUCGUCUGCAAAAAGACAAAUAAAACUGAAGCGCUGAGACCGACGAGCGUUCUGAUGGUUUCCUCACCGCAGUUCAUGGAUGGAGAAAAGAGGCAGUUGGAUGACAAAACGCAGACAUGUGGUGGAUUGUGGGACAUCAGAGGACUUAUUGUCUCGAUCUUGUUCCUUCUGCGGAACAUAAACCGCUCAGUGUCUUGGAUUAUGAACUGGGUAGAAUCCUUUCUAGAAACUCUGACUGGGAUUAGGUUUUUGCAUUUCAAGAUUUACUCUCCUCAGCAAAAGACUCAUGCACAUGCACAUACUGCAUAUCCUCUUAUUUUUAUAACCUCUCAUUUUCUAUCACUAUCUGUUUCUAUUUCUGGUAUGUAAUCCACAAAAAAAAAAAAAAAAAAAAAAAACGGAGGUAAAACAUCCUCCUGACAUGUUACUGUUACUAAUAAACUAUUUAUAUGUA